UGCAUAUUAAUUCAUGUACCCAGCACCUGAAUUAGUUUACCCAUAAAUUAAGUUAUUAUUGAUUCCUUGAUUUGUCUUUGUGACCAAGCCAUUUAGUUCCAAAGCAAGGGUUGAUUGUGAUUUAAAUAUCACUACCUGAGGUAUAAAAGGUCUGCUCAAUAAAUUCAGUGUUCAACCGGCUUGAUUUGCUGCCAAUCCAUAAUGAAUGUGUGCCGUAUUGUAGUCAGUACUGAAAUUCUCAACAACAGCCAAAGGAGUGUGAAUUUAAAUAUAAUUGUGUCUUAAAUAGGAACAAGUUGGUUUAGUGUAGUUUCAAUCUGAAGUCUAUAAAUCUGAUGAAAAUUAUUACAAUUGAAGUUUUGAAGUUCAAAUAUUAAAGAUAUAUGAAGCAAAGCUUAACCUGGCAAGCACUUUGUUUGCCUUUUGGCAUGAAUUCAAUUCAUAUGCCAUAUAGUCAUUGUCAAUAUUAUCACUAAAUAUUGGAACACAGUGCAGAAAUGGACAAAAGAAUUUUAGUGCCAUUUAUUUUGAUGCCAGUGUGUUUUUGAUGAAACAGUGCCUCUUUGAUAGCAAUUUUUUUAUCACUCCUUUGGAAUUUUAUUAUAACAAGCUGAAUUUAUUGGAAUUUACUUAAUUCUAUACUGGAUAUUACCUUCACUAGUGCCCUCCAUCUGUCAAUAAGUGUCAUAAUUUUGGAUGUGUGUAAAAUAAAUUGUGGAAAUUGAUUUUUUUCAUGUUGGAGUGCUCAUAUGGAUUAAAACAUUUAUACAUGCUAGUGUUGUGUGGAAAGAACAAUUGAAUGGUAUGGUGAUUGAAUACAUUUAAACUUGAUGUUCUUGUUUGGAGGAAUGUGCGAGAUAAUCUAUACCUUACAUUUUAAGAGCUUUCUACACAUUGAAUUGGUGUUUUAUGUAAAUUUGACAAAUGUCUCCUAUACAGCAGGUUAGAAGAGGUAGUUGAUGACCAUGUCUGACCCAGAGGCUCCGCCCCACGAUGAAGACCAAUCAGAACAUAGCUAUGGGGAGGAGGAAGAGGCAGCACAGAGCAGUGAGAGUUCCGAGGGUGAGAGUGAGGGGGAAGACUCUGGGUACGAGGCCAAUGCUGGGGAGGGGCUACUGACCCUGAUGGAUGGGGACUCCAUCCUCAUUCAGCAGCCGCCCAUGGGAGAGGACGAGGAGGAGGGUGAUGAUGAUGCUAAGUCCUGUCAACUGUCAAGUAUUGUGAGUGCUGCCAGUACUAGCAGUGUCACAUGUGAUACAGGGAUCAGCACCCAGGCCGAUGAUGAGACGGAGUACGAGGGUGAGGGACUGACUCCGAGUGGCCCACCCCCCACAGACACAGAGAAAAAAAUGGACCAGGACAAAAAGAUUGUCAAGAAAAAGAAAAAAAAGAAAAAGAUAUACUACAUAUGUUUGACAAACUGUAAAUAUGACGUUGUGAGGCGCGUUUCCCGUAAGUUUGGGUUUAAGGAGGUGUCUGAUGACGAGGACUGGACCCUGUACUGGACCGACUACUCCGUGGCCCUGGAGCGGGUCAUGGAGAUGAAGAAGUACCAGAAAAUUAACCACUUCCCAGGAAUGAGUGAAAUAUGUCGGAAGGAUCUGCUGGCCAGAAACUUGAAUCGAAUGAAUAAAAUGUUCCCAAAGGAGUACAAUAUCUUCCCCAAAACUUGGUGCCUUCCUGCUGACUAUGGUGACUUCUUAGCCUAUACAAGACAGAAGAAGAACAAAACCUACAUCUUGAAGCCGGAGACGGGCUGUCAGGGGAGAGGAAUCUGGGUCACACGGAACCCCAAAGAAAUCAAACCUCACGAACACAUGAUCUGUCAACAGUACAUGGCCAAACCAUUUCUGAUUGACGGUUUUAAGUUUGAUUUGAGAAUCUACACAUUAGUGACUUCCUGUGAUCCACUUAGAAUAUUCCUCUUCAAAGAUGGACUGGCCAGGUUUGCCACCAAUAAAUACAUUGAGCCCACGCAUAACAAUGUGGAUAAUGUAUUUAUGCAUUUAACAAACUAUGCCAUUAACAAACACAGUGAAGACUUUAUUCGAGAUGAUGAAGCAGGAAGUAAAAGGAGAAUUAGUACAAUAAAUAGAUAUCUCAGGGACAAGGGCUAUGAUGUGGACAAAAUGUGGGCAGACAUUGAUGAUGUCAUCAUCAAGACAUUGAUCUCAGCUCACUCCAUCCUAAAACACAACUACCGCACAUGUUUCCCUAACCACGUCAAAGGCAGUGCAUGUUUUGAGAUCUUAGGGUUCGACGUCCUCUUAGAUCGCAAACUCAGACCUCAAGUGUUAGAGGUGAAUCACUCCCCAAGUUUUAAUACAGACUCUGAGCUGGAUCGAGAAAUAAAAGGUGCUCUUGUGUGGGACUCUCUAAACUUAGUCAAUUUUGGUGCUUGUGAUAGACGAAAGUGUAUAGAAGAAGAAAAACGGAGAAUUAAAGACCGACUACUUGGGAGAGGGGUCAAAAAGGAAACAAGAGAGGAAUUAGAAAUUGCUCAGGCCCAGUACUUAGAAGUUCUGGAGAGGUAUGAGAACAAUCAUCUAGGUAACUUCCGUCGGAUCUACCCCAACCCAGGGUACGAGAAAUAUGAGAAGUUCUUCCAUAGCAGUGGCAGUCUCUUCCAGGAGACGGCAGCCUUCAAAGCCAGGAGUGAAAUGGCUAGACAACAGAGAGAUGAAAUAGCUCGAAAAAAAGAGAAAAUGGAGUCAAUGUUAAAGGGGAAGAGGAAUUCAUCGACAGGGCUACGGCCCGAAAGUCCGAGCAGUAGGCGGAAGAGAUCCAUUAAGCGAGCUAUCGUGCCUACACGCAGAUUGACGAACGCUCGGGGAAACAUGGAGGUGUGUUUAAAAUUUCCAUUGGUUAAUCGGCCCGAUUCACAGGUGUAUAAUCUUCAACAGGUGUUUCUAAAUUUUCCACUGCAUACUCGUGACCAGAUUCUGGGCAGUGAAUCAAGCAGUCAGAUGUGUGAUGAUCCAGUCGACACGUCCAAACCUCUGGACAUUUUAGAGGAAGAGGAACUAGAAAGGAUCUCUGGGCUUCUCCAGCGGGACAACCUUGUCCGUGGGCUGGGAAUCGUAGAGCACGUGUAUCGUCUGCUGCACUGUACCCCGGGAACCAUGGGGGUCCUUAAAACUGACACCCGGUCUCUCCCCCCUCCCCUGGUACACAUACAAACGAAUACCAUAGUGACUAGGCCCGGCUCCCAGGAUCAUCAGAGAUGGCUGUGUUCUAACCGACCAACCGAAUCCUGCCUCGCCGGAAGGUCCGCCCCCAUUAGAAUUAAAGACAGACAGUAUUACAAAAAACUUUUGGAUAGAUAUUUUGGGCACAAUCAUGCCCUAGCUAACGAAAGUCUCGGUAAAGCAGAAAAAAAAUUGCUUAGACAAACGGCACAGACUCAAAUGAAAAUGAAUGGGUAUCAGGGCAACAUGUUCUGUCCGUUGCGAGACGACCGACAGUUCCCCCAUGUUAGGUUGUCCUAUAGUACAAGUGAUAGGAAGGUGGUACUCAGCCACCAGACAUCGCGCCCCGAUGACUCCGAGGCAGAGGAACUCUUUGAUUUGGAGAGUGGUCGUGACUACGAACUAACACACAGAGGUCUUCACUUCCUUAACCCCUGCUACCACAGUACCUCCUCCCUGCACACUGCAUUAGGUCAAGCCACAGCACUGCACCCCAUAACACACCUCACUGCUUCUACUUCCAAACUUCCCCUCCCCAUUAACAGGGAACCUGUCCCCCCUAAUCCUCUGGCCAACCCCCCUCUGAAAAACUCCCUCAGUUACACCCACCUUGAACCUUUCUCUCAAACAUCUGCUCCUUUGUACACUCAGCCAAGCUAUGGAUCCGGACGUAGCACCACCUCAUGGCAAGCCAAGUCCGGCAGCCUGGGCAGCCUCAAUGAGAAGACGGUGCCCUCGUACCAGGCAUCAGAUGUACACAGGCUUCAAAUAUGGCGUCUUGUAACCCCAAGAUGGAAAAAGCGAAGUAAGUUUGUGAGGAAACCUCUAGGUGGCAGCAAUCGUGCUACAUCUACGACCAUUAUUCAGGACUCAGAGUUCCGCAGUAACAUGGCACACUUAAUGGAUACGGAAGCGGAGCGGAAUCGGCUGCUGGCUCGGAACGGAUACGGAUCAGACUGGAGAUCCGACUCCACGACUCCCAGCAGUCUACAGAAACGCACGCUCAGUGCACAUGGUCAACGAAAGGAAGGUUGGCGAGCUUCACAGCCAACAAACCAAACAUUGUGGCAGUAUCAUUUAGAUCACAUUGAAACCGACUCAAAUAGUGGCAAAACUUGUGUCGAGCUUCCCCCGCCAGUAAACCUGCCACGCGUCUCAUCCAAUCACGGUCCGGCGGGUUUAUCAGUGGUGUCGGCCCCUGCCCCGGUAAUGCAGCGACCGGAACUAGGACGACCCGAUACCAAGUCAUCCGGAACGUCCUCUGCUCUGAGCAGGGUGGGAUCUCAACAGUCCAUGCCUUUAGAACCCCAACUCGGGAUGGGAACUAGCACACGGUCUACAAAAUCACAGAGAAUCCGGGGAGCGUCCAACAGCCUUCGCUUGAGACAGCUAGAGAUGAGAGAGAAUCACGCCAUUGUGUUCAGCUGAGGCUGACCCAGGUGGUUGUGAUAGAGAUUUUGUGUCCAUGUGUUAGUUGAUGCACUCCUAUGGCUUCAAGUCAUGUGAAUGUUCCGACCCCUCCUGUGACAGUUAUCUGUCCUUACGAGCUGUGAUAUCCUCAUCCUUUCAUUGCUUUUAUUCACAUUUUAGAUGAUAUUGAAGUUCAUGUCACAACGUGAAAGGGUAUGUUAUAUAUACAGUCUGAGCUCCUCAGAUUUCAUUAUUUUGCAUUUUUUACCUUCAGGACAUUGUCAGAAGUUUAAUUUAUGAGUGAAUGUGACAUUUGUUAAAACCUCACUUUUCUUACUGUAAAUACAUUAGAAAUACAUGCAUUGUAAUGUGUGAAUCUGUGAUACGUUCAUUCGUGUUUGUGAUACGUUAUACAAAGAAACAAUGUUAAUUAUUCUGCAUCAGUGUAUAUAUUAUACAAUAUUUAUAUAAAUGUUAUUUAAGUCUGCCAAUAACCUAAUCUAUACUUAAAUGUAUGUGUGCCAAACUCUUACAUAGUAAUGUUUUCUUAAAGUCAGGUUUUCUGUGGUGUCCUUUUGAGAAUGUGGUUAUAAUUAGACUGCAUGUGUGUGAGUGAUCUCCCCUAGAAUUUGCCCAGGGAAUGUGUCAAAAGACAGUUUUACCAUUUAGGCGUGAAAAUUAAUUGUCAUCACUUAAUAAAUUAAAAAGUAGUGGACCCAGGAAUAGAACAUCAGCUGUAAUGCCCUCUGUGCAGCUUUGACACCAACGUUCCAAUAAACAUCAGUAUAAUGUAUAUUAAAACAAAUUGGUCUUGCCAAACAAUGAAUAGUAUUAUUUUCUGUGUUGUUUAGUUUUGUAGUGGUAUUAAACUUUUUGAACCAGGACUUGUUUAAAGUAUAGAUGAAUGUAAUCUAGAUGAUUAACUACAUUUUCCUGGACAAUAUAAUAUAUGGCUGUCUUAUUAUUCCGUCCAUCGAUGAAGAAAAUGUCAAAUUAAAGAAUUUGUUUAUGAUAAGGAUGUGUCUUUUAAACUAAUACUUUGAUAUUGAAUUAAUAAAUAAACUCAUUAUUAAACUGA